UUUUGUUAGUGAUGUCAGCUCACGCGCAGGAGUCGGUUGCUUGACUUGUAUUUAGUGUUGAAUUUGUAAUAGUAAUUGUCAUUUUACGAAAUGUCCUGUUGUAAGCUCGGACCGGGAUACGCAUCCCCACUUGACGCAUACAGAAACGGCCCCAGGGAAGGGUUACUUUAUGUUGUGUGCGUGCAACCAGACUCGAGUAAGGAGGACUACCUCGCUACUGUCGACGUGGACCCUAAAUCACCCACAUACAGCCAGGUCAUUCAUCGGACAUACACUGGCAGCGUUGGAGACGAGCUUCAUCACAGUGGAUGGAAUGUUUGUUCGAGUUGCCACGACAAUCCGGAACUGAAAAGAAAUUUCCUUAUACUGCCUGGCUUACAUUCCUGCAAUGUCUUCGUUAUUGACGUUGGCACAAACCCACGCAAGCCAGAGCUGCAUAAGGUAAUCGACGGCUCCGAGUUUAGGUCAUUCAACUGCACUUUUCCUCAUACGACACAUUGCUUAGCCAGCGGAGAAAUCAUGAUUUCGACUAUGGGCGAUGAAAACGAAAACGGAAAAGGGGAUUUUGUGCUUAUUGAUUCGAAAACUUUGCAAGUGACAGGCACUUGGACGAAAGGGAAGAAAGCAAAGUUUGGUUAUGAUUUCUGGUACCAACCUUAUCACGAUGUAAUGGUUGCUUCAGAAUGGGGUAGUCCAAAAUUCUUCAAAUCGGGUUUCCAUGAGGACGACGUUCCUAACUCAGAGAGAUAUGGGACCUCUCUAAAUAUUUAUAAAUGGUCUACUCACGAGAUAGAACAAGUCAUAGAUUUAGGUAGCGAGGGAUGUGCGCCCCUUGAGAUCAGAUUCCUUCAUGAUCCUAAAUCCGCACAAGGAUUUGUCGGAUGCGCUGUCGAGGCUAACGUAUACAGGUUCUAUAAAUUGGACAAUGGAAAGUGGAAGGCAGAUAAAGUAAUCGAUAUUCCAGCAAAAAGAGCUAUAAAAAAUGGCGUUGAAACUGACAUCAAUGGUUUAAUGUCCGAUAUUAUUCUAUCACUGGAUGACAAGUACUUAUACAUUUCGUGCUGGUUACACGGAGAUGUGAGACAAUAUGACGUAUCUGACCCAAAGAACCCGAAGCUGAAAGGCCAUGUUCAUUUAGGCGGAGAAAUUGUGAAUUAUGGCCUGAAAGUCGUUGAAGAUAAAGAGCUGAAGGAACCUCCUAAGCCGGUAAUAGUAAAAGGUAAACGAUUACAAGGAGCGCCUCAGAUGCUGCAGUUAUCUUUGGAUGGAAAACGCUUGUACGUGUCUUCAUCGCUUUAUUCUCCAUGGGAUAAACAAUUCUAUCCACAAAUGACAAAAGAGGGAGGUUGGAUGGUCAAGUUGGACGUAGACACGGUUAACGGAGGCAUGAAAUUAGACCCGGAUUUUCUUGUCGACUUCGGUAAGGAACCGAACGGGCCAGUUUUGCCGCAUGAAAUGAGAUAUCCGGGGGGCGACUGCACUUCAGAUAUUUGGUUGGCUGAAAAUUAACUAAGUAAAUUGCUCUGCCAAUAUUUUUAUACGCUAUCCCUUAUUAUAUUAUGAUGUAAGCAUGUUCUGGAUCGUAUACUGUGUUAAUAUAAAAAUAAUUAAUCUAUAUCAAAGUGUAAAACGAUUUUUUGUACAAAGCAAUAAAUAUAUGAUUGAAUAAUU